UGUUUGAAACCAACGAUCCUCUGCAAGACAUCGACAAUUCUGGAAGUUGCAGAGAAGCCACGGAAAAUAGAUGUCAAAACUAAACCGGCGAGAAAAAAGAACAAAACAAAACUUAUAUCGCAAGGAACCUUUAAUGGUCUGAGGAACGAGUUUUUCAACGAGUCGGACUCGCCUCGGGUCAUGGGAUGCUGCCAAUCCUCUUUCCUCAAACCGUCGUCAUUGCGUGUCAAAAAAGCUUCCGGCGAUGUUUCCGCCCGUCGCUGCGGCAAACGCAGUAAUAGGAACAACCGUCACCGUGUCAAUAACGAAGGCGUAGGUAACGGCAGGGGAUGGCAUUUCUCCACCGUUCCAGACUUGGCCGAGUUCUCCGCAGCGGCUCUUCGUGAAGCCACUAACAAUUUCAGCGUAAACGCUGUCGUAUCCGUUUGUUCCGACCAAACACCCAAUGUCGUUUACCGAGGCUGUCUUAAAGGCGACAUGCGUCAAAUCGCUGUCAAAAAAUUCUCCAAAUCAACGUGGCCUGACCCCAAACAAUUCGCUGCAGAAGCUAGGGAUAUUGGGAAAAUGAGGCAUGUGAGACUGGUGAAUUUGAUAGGUUAUUGUUGUGACGGAGAUGAAAGGUUGCUUGUUUCAGAGUACAUGCCUAAUGAUACCCUCACCAAACAUCUAUUUCAUUGGGAGAAACAAACCAUGGAGUGGGCUAUGCGGUUGAGAGUUGCACUUUGUGUAGCUGAAGCUUUGGAAUACUGUAGGCAGAGUGGACGCACAUUGUACCAUGAUCUCAAUGCUUACCGGGUUCUCUUCGAUGAGAAUGGGAAUCCUCGGCUUUCAUGUUUUGGAUGGAUGAAGAAUAGCAAAGAUGGCAAAAACUUCAGCACAAAUCUUGCUUAUACACCGCCGGAAUAUCUUAGAGAUGGUACGUUAAUUCCAGAGAGUGUUAUCUUCAGCUUUGGGACGUUUCUUUUGGAUAUUGUUAGUGGCAAACAUGUCCCUCCAAGUCAUGCGGUUGACACAAUUCAAAAGCAAAACUUACCUCUUUUCAUAGAUUCACACCUUGAAGGAAACUAUCCAGACGAAGAAGCAGCCACCGUGUUUGAACUAGCUUCCAAAUGCCUAGAGAAUAACCCAAAGGACAGGCCGGAGAUUAAAGAUAUCAUCUCGGUUCUUGCUACACUUCAACACAAAAUAAAUGUUCCCUCCUACGAAAUGCUCGGAAUUUCGAAGCUCGAAAACCAAGAAAGAGAACCAGAGAGUUCUCUACUUUACGAUGCAUGUCACCUUAUGGACCUCACAGCUCUUCAUCAGAUUCUUGAAGCAGCAGAUUACGACGACGACGUUACUUGUGAGCUCUCUUUUCAGCAAUGGUCUCAACAGAUUAAAGAUGUGUGGAACACUAGACAGCAAGGCGAUUCAGCUUUUCGGAAUAAAGAUUUUCAAUCUUCUAUUGAAAAAUAUACUCAGUUCAUAGAAACAGGGAUCUUGAUCUCUCCAACGGUUUAUGCAAGAAGAAGUAUCUGUCAUCUCUUCUGUGACCAGUCGGAUGCAGCACUCAGAGAUGCGAUGCAAGCACAGUGCGUCUAUCCCAACUGGCCCACCGCGCUCUAUCUUCAGGCAGUGGCUCUUGCAAAGCUGAAUAUGCUCGAAGACUCAGCUACCAUGUUAAAAGAAGCCAAGAUCUUGGAAGACAAGAGGCUCAUAAACUGAAAACAUUUUUCAUUAAACUUCAAAAGUAUUUGUGUUGUUGUGUAUACCCAAGAGUAGCUAACACAACUCAUUUGUAUAACAGUUUGUAAGUUGUUAAGAUACUGCUUUUC